AUGCCCAGGCCUUUGAACCGGGCAUGCAAAGUCGCAGGCAUGGAGCACCAGCUGGUGGAUGUCAACGCCUACCUUUGGGCCAUGCAAAUUUCAACAUUGACUCGAUCGAAAGUCGCCCUAGCUAUGGCUACGACCCUCUCACUGAUCGAAGCGCAGCCUCCAACAGAUUGGAAGAAGCAUGCCCUGACGCGGGACGGCUACGUCGCUGGGGUUGACUCCUCUGUGAAUAUAUCUCGUUUCACUCACAUUGGAUGCUUCGAAGCAGACUUUUUCAUCACCCACGUGACUAGCGAUGCCGUCGCCUAUGACCCCAACGAGUGCAUGGCGGCUUGCAAGCUUAAGUUUGAAGGCAAUUCCUCUGGUGAGAUUAUUGUGGCAGUCCAUCAGGACCGUUGUGGCUGUGUUCUAAGUGACAUGACCACUUUUAGAGAGGUGCCGCAGUCUUUCUGCACGUACUAUUGCAAGUAUUAUAGGAACCCCAUUUGCGGCGGUUUCCCAGACUACUGGGGUGUCUUUCGGGAAUAUGACUUCGUGUCCUUGACUGGACAGGGUGCCUAUGACCCAUGGCGAUACGUUUGGUAUUCCGUCGUGGCAAUCCGAGAGAGCAACAUCCGAGGAGGAGUUGUCCCUGACGGUGUGCAGCCAGAGCGAUACUACCUGCAUGCAGUCGAUGUCGUCACCGGAGACGCACUGUUUCAGUUUCAGAUGCCUCUCACCGGUAUCCUUUACGGUCUACAGUAUGACUUGGACGGCAGUCGUUUGGUUGCGCUGCACACAGAGAGCGACACAGGUCGAAUCAAUCCAACGACGCAAUGGAGGUACAAGCUGGCCCGGAUCAUAGUGAAUACUACGUUCGAAGACCAGCCGAGACUAUCCAUGAGCCUGGCGCAGCUUGAUAUCCGAUUCAAUGAGUCCGAGCAAUACCUCCAAUUCUCGGGCGCAUCGGGCAUCCUCUCCCAGGCAACGAACAUCUACAUCAUUACGCAGUGUGAGCCUGCGCAGCAAAAGAAGGACAUGAAGGACCAUAUCUAUUUCAUUCGCAUUGAAGAUGGCUUCAUCGUCUACGAUAGUGCCUUAGAUUUCAAGGUGCUUCAAAUUUACACCAAUGAGAAAUAUGGCGACGUCACAGUGUUGGGGCCUCGCAUGUACUUGGGUUUUGGCAUUGGGUCCAUGUCCUACAUCUACUUGGCGCGAGUCUACAGGGACAACAUCGAAGAGCGAACAGUCGUUGACUUCCAGUACAAUCCCAUCAAUCCCACAUACGUGGCGCCCAUUGAGAACACCCAGGACUACCACAUCUACCCGGGCGUGGCAGUGUCAGAGCAUUUGUUCAACUACAGCGGCAUCGCGCACCGUCGAGCUCCAGCGCCUGAUCAACCAGAACUGGCAGCCUUCGUCAUCACAGAGGUGAGCAUUCGCACGGGCCAGAUGCGAGACUGGUGCAAUGUGACCCUGACGAACGAUGUUUGCGUGGGAACCAUCAAUUACGACAUCCCGUAUGCCGCCCUGUACAACCAGGAGCCGGGUAUUCCAUUGUCGUUGAAGGCACCAUCCUUCACAGAUGCCAGAUUCACCAUGGAGGCGGGCACCAUUGUGGUCAACUUUGAUCGGGCCACCCUGCAGGGUGCUGUGACCAGGGACGAUAACAAUGACUUCCUGCCCGAUCGCAUCGACUACAGCACUCAGCCAGAUGGCGUGUUUGACUGCGCUCGUGUCUUUACCCCGCCAUCAAUGCUGCUGCUGGGACCAUCUCCAGACACAUCGUGUAUUUGGAUGACUGACUCACGGAUCCAAAUCAACUUGCCCUCGGUGAUCAACGUCUCGGUGGGUGACUCGCUGUUCGUGCUGCCAGAUACCAUCUACACAAUCCCCCGCAAUGGAGAGUGGUCUCCUGCUGCAUUGGGUGGAGUGCAGGUUGAUCCACCCGAUCCCCUGGAGCCGCCAGUGAUCGUGUUGACGGGCUCAACCAACUUGGAUGAGUGUACUCCGGUGCGGUUGGUGGGUGUGGACUCUUUCCAGACAGGAAAGUUGCCAAGAUACAGAUGGGAGUUGCAGAAUGGCACGUUGGAAGAUCCGAAUCCCAAGGACCUGACCAACAAUCCAAACCGUGUCAUUGAUACUGCCAAAGUAGAGUUGGUGCGGCAAGCCUUGUCUGUUGCAACGGAGUUCAAUAUGGGAACAUUGGAAAUGCCUAGUGAAUAUUUGGAAGCAGCCACCACCUACAAGAUGCUGUUCUCUGUCCAGAGCCGUUGGGGGCUGACAACGGUGAAGGAGGUUCUCCUGACGAAGCUGAACUUCCCCGCGCCAAUGGUUUCCAUCAACGGUCCAGCCGAGAUCAGUCGCUCACGGCCAGAUCGAAUUACUCUUGAGGCCAUGGGAAUCCCUUCGGCUUGCGCCAACGCCUCUACGAACUUAGGGUACCGAUGGGUGGCAACCUCCGGAAAUCUAAAUUUUGCCGAUUAUCCUGAGAUCAUCACCAACGCAGCAACCUUGACGAUUCCGCCAUUUGUGCUGGAACCAGAUCUUACAAACACGAUGGACUACAACGUCUACAAUUUCACUGUGGAAUGCUUCGUCAACACCAUUCAAGGGGAUGUGCCAGAUCGGAUAGCGUAUGCCAGGGUCACUGUGAAGAUCUUCCGCUCCAGUGUCUAUGUGGUGUACAAGACAGCUAGCAGAAUGGUGACGAAGGGUGACAUUCUGGUUUUGGACGUGCGCGGCUCGCAAGAUCCUGACUACCCAACAUUGGAGGGUCAGACCUUCCGUGGCACCUUCGUCUGGAGCUGCUUCACUCCGCCACCAGAGCGUGGCGCAUGCUUCGGUGGUUCUGCCACGGGAGUCCUGGAAGAUUUGAUCACCUGUCGACAGGACAUUGGUACUCAGAUCCAGGAUGGAGGCGUUACAUUCCCUGCGCCCUUGUUCGAUGACUUGAUCUUCUGCCGCUACACGCGUGGAGUCCUGAUGUUCCAGACACAGAAUUUCAGCAUAGGUCAAUACAAGUUCACGGUGCAGGCGACCAGCUAUGAUGGCCGACAAGCCCAGGAGGACGUCUUCAUCACAAUGACCGACGUCCAAGUCCCAAAGAUUUUGUUGACCAUCGCGGACCAGAAAGAAAGAUAUCCUGUGUCCUUCCCGAUCCAGAUCUCUGGCACAGAGGAAGGACAGAAGACCAGUGAACCACGGACCUAUAGCUGGACCGUCCUGGCCUACUAUCCGAAUCCCGACUACGAUCCCGACCUGGCGCAGGAGCGAAUGAACGACCCGAACAAUCCAUACACUGUGGAUCAGUUCACCUACAUCGACCAAUCAGAUCGCUUUGACACGCGAGACCAAAGGCUCUUUCGUACAGACCCGGGUUUGCCCAACAUCAUCAUCCAGCCGAAUGUUUUGCAGCCAUCCACAAAAUACAAGCUGCGCCUGAAUAUUGAACUGACAAAUGUGACUGGCUUCUCAGACAUUGUGAUCGAGACAGCUGGAUUGCCACCACGUCCUGGGCGCCUGGAGGUCACACCACAGAAUGCAUCCAUGGACACGCCACGCAUUGUCAGUGCGCCGGAUUGGGUCGCCACGGAUUUGCCCUUGACCUACUCCUUCGGCUACAUCAAAUUUGUAGAUGGCAACCCUUUGGACUCUGCCUUCAAUGCAGAUCCGCAGCAAGUGUCCUCCAAGGAGCUGAGCCGCCUUGUCUUGGGGGAGGAGAGCAACAACUACACGCUGUAUCUUUACGUUGAGGUCUUUACUCCAUAUGGAGCGGUAUCUCGAGCUGAAGUGCCAGUGCAAAGCAGGGAAGCACAGGAAAAGGAAGCGAAGCCUGAGACCUUGGCGGGCUUCCAGGUGGACAACGCCACACAAGCUGCGAUUGAUGGCUUGGACGCUGCAGCGAAUUCCGACGCUUCCAACCUGGUCAACAACUUGGACUAUGUGUUGUCCCUUGACCCGACGAACAACGAUACACAGCAACAAGUGCUGGAUUUGUUGGAACAAAAUGCUAACAAUUUGCCGACUACACCCUCGCAAUUGCAGAGUCAGGCAUUGCUUUACUCAGACCUGGUGGCGAAUGGUGAAGAAAGCGAUCAGCUGCUGGACCAAGUGGAGAGGCUGGUGCAGACGUCUGCAAAUUCCGGAGCCAUCACCUUGGAUGGGGGUUUGGCGGGUGUUUACUUCGACAUCUUCGGGAAUUUGAUGCCUGGAAACACGCCAGCAGGGGCCUUCAGCCGAGAUUCGGAAGUCGAGGGGCCACCUGGGGACCAAAAUGGCCAACCAUUUCAAGCCUUCCACCGGCCUCAGUCCGCAGCUGCUGGCACUGGUGCUUCCACCCGGAUGAGUUCCUUUAGGAAGGAAAGCAGCUUCAAUGUAGAAGAGAAGGGUCUGGCUGGAAAGCGAAGAUCGAAUUUGCACUUCCGCUAUGGCGCUACCCGGCUGGAACAGAAUCAUCCCAGGCCAUUGCCGAAUCAGUAUAUCCUGCGCAAGUGCGACACAGCCUUCUGCGAUCAGAUCGGCUUGGCUUGUAGCCCAGAGGAUUUCAAACUGAUUACCUUCUUCACUUGCUGCAAUGAGCGCAACGUGGAUACCUUGUGCAAUGAGCCACCGUGCUGGUUCCACGGCCCUGCUUGUCCGGUCCCUGUGCAGCAAGGGCAAGGAAGCCUCGCACAUACUCGGCGCAUGUCGAAGGAGAGACAGAAACGGAUUGCAAAGCUCAAAGAGGAGAAGCAGACGGCGGAGGGCUGGUUUGAUGCCUGGAAGCAGAACAUGGCUUUGAGCUCCCUGGAUGAGAGUGAGGUGUCCGAAUACGAUCGCCAGAAAGUUUAUGCUGGGUGGCAUCCAAAUGCGCACCAGCGGCGCUUGAUCUUUGCAUAUGGCAACUUGUCACAAACAGAUGAGGAAAGGUUGCGAAAUAUGGAGUUCUCGGAAGCGAUCUUGUUGGGCAUAGCACGGAACCAAACAGCGGUAGCAGCACGCAACUUUGAUAGCGAAUACAUUCAGGAUGCGACAGAUAUUGUCGCUUUCAGGAGCAUGUCGCCUGCAAUGGCGGCAAAAUUUGAGGCUGACAAGCGAGCCAAGGACGAAGCUGCAGCCAUGCUGAAAUGGCAGACAGCACGAAAUGCCAGCCAACGCAUUACAAGGCAACUUUUCAGGGACACAGUCUCCAAGUCGCUGCUAACCGCCAUGCAGACCACUUUGGAUCCACUGAAGUUCACCAACAACGCCUACGAGAUUACCAUUGGCAAGACCACAAAUUUAACAUCAGUGAAUCCGGCCUUUGCCUAUCCUGCAGCAUUUCAAGUGCCACCAGACAGUCGAGAUUUCAUCACCGCAACGAACCCGUUUACACGCUUCGCCUACCUGUACGUGGAGUACUUCAGGAAUGUAUACGAUUGGUCGGACAGCAAUCCGCUCUCGCCCCAGAAUCAGCUGGUCACACUCUACGUGCUCAAGGGCAGUACCUUAGAGUUGGAUGAACUCACCUCCAUGGAGUGGAUUCGUGUCUUCGCAGAUCGUUAUCUUCUCACCAACUCGAUUUGCCUUUGGUGGGAUCGCUUUGCUCCUGGCACUGCUGGUGGCAGAUGGUCUUCGCAGGGUCUGGUGAAUGAUGGCGUUGGAUGCAUCACGUCGCACAUCACGGGGGACUUCGGAGUUUUCAUGGACGGCCGCGUGUUCAGUGGCUACGGUCUGGUGGAAGCUGCAACACAAUGGGAGCGUGAGGUUUGGGUCAGCAAUUGCAUUGGCUGCGGCGACGAAAGUAACUUGACCGUUGUAGCCGUCCUAGGUAUGCUGCUCUUUGCCCUGAUCCUCUUGAUCCUGUUGACCUACACCCUGGACGAGUCACAGCGCACGCAGCUGGCGCAAAACAAGGCACCGGAGACUGCUGUUUGGUCAGCUGUUUGGGUCCUGGGUAUGGAAGAUGAUGGGGCUAAGCCCAGGCCCUUGAGCAUCGAUGAUCCGAUUGCCUAUCAGUUCUCGGAAGGCCCCUUGCUGAUGCUGUGGAUCGGCACUUUGUGGAAGGUCGCAAAACGUGAUCAUGCGUUGCUGAGCACCAUGUUCUAUCACGAGACAUUUACCAGGCCUCAAAGGUUGCAGUGCUUCAUUGCACUCUUGACUGGGCUUUUGGCCGUGAACGCUGCAGUACACAGCCAUCCUGGAAAUAUCCAAGAAGCUCAGGAGUAUGUAAUUACUGGCCUCCUUUCUGGCCUCCUUGUCUUUCCCAUCUUCUGUGGCCUUGUGAUGAUGUUCAACCUGCGACCAGCACAGGUUAAGAAACGGCUCAUCAAGCGAGCCUACUCCACAAAAGAGAUCGACAAGCUAAACGAACAGAGACAGCGCUUGGCAAAUCAGUCGACUAUGCUUCCACCUCCUGGCUACAUGGCGACCCCACCACCAGUGAGUGGAACUCCUGGCAACACCACCUUGUUGAGCUUGCCCGCCCCUCUUCCGCUACCAGUGCUGCCGCCUGGUAUGGUUGGAACGCAUCAGCAAUUGCAGUUGCCACCAGCUGUGCCCGGCCUUGGAGCAAACUUGGCGCUACCAGCGGUUCCCGGGAUGUCUGGACGCAUGCCCCUGCCACCGCCGCCAAAGUAUCCUCCGCCGCCAAAGAAUGCUAGUACUGCCACUCCGGCGGGAAUGUUGCCUCCUUUGAGCUGGCCAACUACUGGGCCUCCACCCACACCAUUCCCGCUUCUGCAGGAUGCUUCCAUGGGCGGAACUUCACAGCUACCUAUGCGCUCGCUUCCAGGCACUGGAGAAGCGCCAGACUCGUACAUGGCUGACCACGAGAUGCAUGCGUUGCCAGACCCACAUGUCUUGGAGGACGCGAAGCACACCAUGGCGCCUGAGCUUCCCGGCUCCAUUGGACGGGGUCCACCCGGGCCCGGCUUCGGAACCCCAGGUGGAAGUGGAACGCCGAAGACAGGCACUCCAAGGUCAUUUGGUCCGUCACAGCCUGGCACUCCGUCAAAUCGCGGUCCAGGGCCACCACUGCCGGGCAUGCCUGGAGGUGGCUUUCCUGGCACACCAGGCACCAGCCGGAAUGCCUCACCCCGAAACCGCAGUGGUCCACCAAGUGCACGAGGACCUGGGCCACCACUGCCCAUGGUCCCAGCAGAGAACGGGCCAAUGCCACUCUUUAUCCGAGGGCAGCCUCCACCGCAGCUGCCAAGCCCUUUCCAGGGUCCACCAGGUGGUGUCCCAGCAGGUGGUCCACCCCCUGGACCUCCAGGGGGAUUCCAGGCGAUGGCACCUGCCGGAGGCGUUCCUAUGGUGCCACCGGCACCACCACCUCCGCCAAGAGAGGACGAUCAAGCCUUUGUGCGAAGGAUUAGGAUGACAUACAUGGACAAGGUGACAAAAGAUCAUGAUAAGCACGAUCUCUUGGAAGACCUUGAGGAACUGGGCAAAGAAACUCCAGGGUGGGUCUAUGACACCAUGACCAUCAUGCCGUACUUAGCGUCAAGCACAUUUACGCUGGCGUCCAUUUUCAUCGUUUUGCAGUACGGCAUGAAAUUCCAGACUUUCCAGGAGGAGAUGUGGUGGAAGGGAUCUUUGAUAGGUCUUGGACUUGUUCUGGGUAUUCUGGACCUGGUGAGGGUCGUGAUGAUGACACUGGUGGAGCUGCGAAAGUACGAGAAUCGUCGCAAGGCCAAAGAUGGCCACUUCCUUCCAAGGAAGAUUCGCAGGGAGAACGACAAAGACUUCCAACCAGCUCCACCACCGCGUCUUUGGAAGCAGGCAGUGGCAGCGCCGCCCAUCCCCAAGGGCCCCGCCAUCACAGCACCGCCACCGCGGCCGGCAUUCCUACCGCCGAAUGCUCCGCUGGCGCCACAGAUCAUGGCGGGCAAGGGUGGCCCCGGCAGCUCGACACCGCCACCGCCGCCACUACCGGCAUCAGCCACUGCCAAGGCGUUACCCCCACCGCCUCCCUCGACAACACCUCCAAACUACAGUCGGCCGCCCAGCCGACCUGGCAGUGCCCAGUCCAAGGCCUCAAGGGUCUCCAAGGCGUCCUCUUUCAGGGCUGUACAUUUAGCGCAAUCCAUGGGGACUUGAAGUGCCCUGAUUCCAUGAAUCCGAAGCGUGCAUGCAGUGCCAACAGAAGAUGCACCAAUUUUAGGAAG